CAAAUAAACGACCCUAUCGCAUGUUUCAUUUUCCUUUGACCUAAACCACCUUCUUCUACACAAAACUCAGAGAGUAGCAGAACUGGGUUGAGGUUUGAUCCUCAUUGAGACAAUCUCUUCACCAUUAUACAACCUACCACUACAAUUCCAGCUCAGGAACUCAAACUGUGUAAGCAAUCUUGACAACUAUCGCUUCCUUCUUCAUAUUGUUCAAUGAUUUAUAAUCGCAAAUUGCUCUCUACAACUACCAAUCUCUGUAAACUCACCCACUAUCUCUCCCGAGCUUACUCCUUCGUUUCCCCGACACCCUUUUGCCCAAAGUUAACGUUUUUGGCCUCAACAACAAGAUUCACUUCCAGUUGGAGAAUCCCAGGUUUGAGCAAUGACACCAACUUUAUGAGAUGUUACUGCAAUAAUGGUAGUGGGUCUAAGGAGUUUACUGAGGAAAUUGAGUACUUGGAUGAAUCAGGUAGUGUUAUUUACAAGGGUAAGGGUGUAAGGUCUGUGGAGCCUGGGCUUGAUGAUCAUGUGAUGGUGGGUGAUGUGAAGAAGCCCUUUAUGAAUGCACUAGCUGUGGCUAAAAUUGUUGAGGUUGUGAAAAGGUGGAAAUGGGGUCCAGAAUUGGAUACCCAAUUGGAUAAAUUGCAGUUUGUGCCAAACAUGACUCAUGUUACUCAAGCCUUGAAGGUGGUUAAUGAUGGUGAUGCAGGUUUGAGUUUGUUUAGGUGGGCUAAGAGGCAAUCUUGGUAUUCACCUAGUGAUGACUGUUAUGUUAUGUUGUUUGACGGUUUGAACCGGAGUAGGGAUUUUGAUGGGGUUCAAUUGUUGUUUGAUGAGAUGGUUGGUGAUUCUGCGAAUAGUGGGGUUUCCUUGCUUGUUGCGUGUAAUCGAGUGAUUCAGUACUUGGCUAAGGCUGAGAAGUUGGAAGUCUCUUUUUGCUGCUUUAAGAAAAUUCAGGAUGCGGGUUGUAAAAUUGAUACUGAGACGUAUAAUUCACUCAUUACUUUGUUUUUGAAUAAGGGUUUGCCUUAUAAGGCAUUUGAGAUAUAUGAGAGCAUGGAAAAGACCAGUUGUUUAUUGGAUAGUUCAACUUAUGAAUUGAUGAUCCCAAACUUAGCAAAGUCGGGCCGUCUUGAUGCUGCUUUCAAACUUUUCCAAGAAAUGAAAGGAAGAGGUUUUCGGCCAGGUUUGAACAUCUUUGCAUCACUUGUUGAUUCAAUGGGGAAGGCGGGGAGAUUGGACAGUGCAAUGAAAGUUCACAUGGAGAUGCGAGGUUUCGGGUACAGGCCACCCCCUACUAUAUAUGUUUCUUUGAUUGAAUCUUAUGUGAAAUCUGGAAAGUUAGAAACUGCUCUAAGGCUUUGGGAUGAGAUGAAGAUAGCGGGUUACAGGCCUAACUUUGCCUUGUAUACCUUGGUGAUUGAAUCUCAUGCAAAAUCAGGGAAGCUUGACAUUGCCAUGUCCGCAUUUUCAGAUAUGGAGAAAGCAGGAUUUCUACCCACCCCGUCUACAUAUGCUUGUCUCUUGGAAAUGCAUGCUGCAUCUGGACAAAUUGAUCAUGCCAUGAAACUGUACAAUUCAAUGACUAAUGCAGGCUUAAGGCCUGGCCUAAGCACUUAUACUGUUCUUUUAACUCUACUGGCUAAUAAGAAGCUGGUGGAUGUGGCUGCCAAAAUUCUACUUGAAAUGAAGGCCAUGGGAUAUUCUGUGGAUGUGACAGCUAGUGAUGUUUUGAUGGUGUAUAUUAAGGAAGGUUCAGUUGAUCUUGCUUUGAGGUGGCUGCGUUUCAUGGGUUCAUCAGGGAUCAGAACCAAUAACUUUAUCAUCAGGCAGUUGUUUGAGUCGUGCAUGAAGAGCGGGUUAUAUGAAUCGGCCAAGCCUCUUCUUGAAACAUAUGUUAACUCUGCUGCAAAAGUUGAUUUGAUACUUUACACUUCCAUUUUAGCACAUCUUGUUAGGUGUCAGGAAGAAAAAAAUGAGAGGCAUUUGAUGUCUAUCCUUGGUGCUACAAAGCAUAAGGCACACUCCUUUAUGUGUGGACUUUUCACUGGGCCAGAACACAGGGGACAGCCAGUGUUAUCUUUUGUCAGGGAAUUCUUUCAAGGGGUUGAUUAUGAAUUGGAGGAAGGUGCUGCUAAGUACUUUGUCAAUGUUCUUCUCAAUUACCUAGUUCUUAUGGGGCAGAUAAAUCGAGCUCGAUGUGUUUGGAAGGUUGCUUAUGAGAAUAAACUUUUCCCAAAGGCUAUUGUUUUCGAUCAGCACAUUGCUUGGUCCCUAGAUGUUAGAAACUUGUCAGUUGGAGCUGCACUUAUAGCAGUAGUGCACACUCUUCAUAGAUUCAGAAAGCGCAUGCUAUAUUAUGGUAUUGUGCCAAGACGGAUUAAACUGGUUACAGGACCAACUUUGAAGAUUGUGAUUGCACAGAUGUUGAGCUCAGUGGAGUCUCCAUUUGAGGUGAGUAAAGUGGUUCUUAGGGCAUCAGGAGAUUCUGUCAUGGAGUGGUUCAAGAAACCAAUUGUUCAGAAGUUUCUUCUGAAUGAAACUCCAACUAGGGCUGAUAUUCUGAUGCACAAGCUGAACAUACUUUUCCCCAGUUCUGCACCUGAAGUAAGAUCUCUAGCACCUCCUAAAGCUCUCAUUGCAGGCAGGGCAAUGUAAACUGUUUUGAUAUAUGUGGGCAGUAACUGGUGUUUGAGAUGUUAUUGUUAGUCCAAGGUUAUCAGUGGUGCACACUCUUCACAUAUUCCAAAAGCUCAUGCUAUAAAGAGAUAUGUACUAUUUAAGAAUUUGGAAUAAAAUCUUAGAAGCUUCGUGUUCUUUUCCCCCAAAAUUUUUUAGCAGUACAUGCAUAGAGAUUGGUUUGUCAUGGUUAUGGUAUUCAUAUACGUUAAUUAGGGUUUUCUAUCAUGGUGAAAUUAGGAUCAGUUUAGUUCAUAAUUUUCACAUACUAGAGGAUUCAUGUACCUAUUUCUCAUGUUUACUUAAUUGUUAUUACUGGGGAUAUCCCUCUUUGACUUCUUCCA